AUGCAAGUACUAACAUCAUGAGAUUCUCCUUAGACUUUUAGGAAUUAUAUGAGUGACAUCGUGGCUGUGGCAACAUCUAGUAAAGGAGUAUUUGUCGUGUUCUGUGAAAGAGAGUUGAUAGCGUAUAAGCCUUUAUUGAAUGGAUGGGAAUAGAGUUACAGUAAAAAUUGCACAAAUCCCAUAAGAGAUGCAUUUUUCUCUUUUGAUGGUAUAUAUAUUGUUCUAUAAAACAGAUGAACAUAUUAUAGGAUGUUCAUAAAAUAAAUUACAUAUAUGGAAAGCAACUCAUAAGUAAAAUAGAUUACUUGGACAAUUAGAUUAAUAUGAAUUAAUUGAUCUGACAGAAAUUUAUACAUUAGAAUUGGAAUACUAAAUAGCAAAUGUGAAAUUCUCUCCAGAUGUUCGUUAUUUUACAACUCUUCAUGAAAAUACUGUUAUUGUUUGGGAUUUCAAUUCAAUUAAAGAAGUUUAAGAAGGAGUAUUAUCAUAAUAAUAAAGAGUGAAAUUAGAUCAUUAGGAUGAAGUAAUUUCUUACAAAUUUAGAGGUACACUUAGAAUAGCUCCAUCUCCUUUUCCUACUCCUAAUACUAUUGUUACAUUAACUAAAACUAAUUAAUUAACAGUAUGGCAAGAAAUGAUUUAAUGUAAAAAUUUCUGUAAAUUACACACUUUACAUUUUGAUUAAAUCUCAUCAUUUUGUUUUAUUUAUCUAAAAGGUUAAACACCCUAUCCUUCAAAAAAUAUAUAUUUAGAAUCAGAUUAAUUUGGAGUUUAAGAUACUGAAUAAUCUAGUGUUGAUUAUCUAUUAUUACAUUAAGAAUUUGAAUUAAGUGUGGUUAAAUUAGAUUUUCUUAGAAAUUAUUCUUUAGAAGAAUCUGUAAAAGUUAUUAAGAAAACUAAAAGUGAUAUUUUUAAAUAAAUAAAAAAGAUUCUUUUAGUAGAUUAGAUUGAAGGAUAAAAAAUAGAAAUUAUUGGAUUUGAUAGAUUAUGGAAUUUAAUCAAAAUAUGUGUAAAUUUGAAAGAUGAUACUAAAUAAGUAUUUUAAUGUGAAAAAUUUUUAUUUUAAAAUAUUGUACAUUUUUCAAUUUGUAAAAGUCAAGUGGCUAUAAUAAAUGAUUGGAAUUACUUAUGUUUAUAAUAAUUAAAAUUGAAUAGUGUAAUUAGUUAGGAAUAUCAUAUUUAAGAUGGACAAUCUAAAAUUUGGAAAAUUAAUUCCAAUCUAUCAAAAUGUAAAAUAAAAUGUAUAUAAUAGAUUAGCAAAUGUAUAUUACUAGAGAUAAAGUAAAAGAAAAUGAUGUUAUUCUACUCAUAUCAUCUAAUGCUUAAUAAUGUUUGGCUUUCAUUAUAUAAUCAAAUUAAUUAGUAGAAGUACAUCUUAAUCUAUAUAAUCAUCUAUCAAUUGAUUAUAGAGAUUCAAUUAGUGAUUGGAAAAAAAUUAAUUAUGAAAUAGAGGAAUUACAAUUAUUAAUUAUAGCCAAACAAAAAAUUGCUUUAAUCUAAAUUCAAUUUGAAAUUUAUGGUCAUGGAUAAAUUGAUUUUUAAGUUAUAGAAUUAAAAACAUGGAAAUUAGAUUUUGUUUAUGAAAGAUUAUAGAUAUUACAAUCAACUGAACUUUCUUUUAUUUCUAUUAAUGGAAAAUAAUUAAAGGGAUUUAAUGAGUAAAUGUAAUAAAUUGUUUAAAUCUCUAAAAAUUAUAAUAUUAAAGAAGUUGGAUAAUUAAGAGGAAUUCAACCUAUUUAUUUUGUAAUAAGUCAUUAAAAUGAAAUUGAUUUUCAUUCCUCAUCAGGAGAAUUUUUAGUUAGAUUCAAUCUUCAAUCAUUUCUUGUUAGAGUAGAUAAAGCUCUUUAUGAUGUUUCUAAAGUUAUUGUAUAAGUUGUACCAUUAACUAACUUUGCAUUUAUUUUAUAAACAGAUAAUUACUUGACUGCAUUUGCUAUUCAAUUUGAUAAAAGUGAUUAAAAUUAUAAAUUGUCUUCAAUUAAAUAGUAAUUUAUUUAUUUAAUAUUUAUAGAAAAUAUUUAAAUAAUAGAGAGGGAAUCUAUUGUAAACGAUUAUCUAAAUAUUCAAUGCCACAAAAUUACAGAUUCUAUACAAUAAAAGAUUGUUUGAUUGUAAAAACAGGAAGAAAAAUUAAAGUAUUAGGAAAUUCAUUAAUACGUUGUUUAGCUGAUAAGUUUUGGAUGCCCAGUACUUUAAAUUACAAAUUAAUAAAUUAAUAAAGUAUUUUCUAUUAUUAUAUAAUUAAGACAAUGUUCAAUUAUAAGAUUUUGAUUUUCUGAGUGAAUUAAUACAACUAGGUAAAUUAUAAUUAGUAUAAUUUAUCUUAAAGUUAAUAUGUCUGAAAUUCAAACAUCAUGGUGCUUUAGGAAAUCAUUUUAUGGUUCCAUAUAAAAAUUUAUUAGAAUUAUAUCAUAUGAAUUCUGAACCAGAACCUUUAUGGGUUGAUGCUAUUAAAAUAUAUGAAAUGAAGAAAUUAUAAGACAAAGAUUCAUAUGAUUACACUCUAAAUCCAGUUGAUAUACUUAAAAAGAUAUGUUAAGAAUAUCCAUUAAAAAUUAACAUAAUCCUAGAUUAUUUAAGAUAUUAUGAAGAUAAUUAACGUUCAUUAGAUUUUUAUGCUGCAAUGUUUAUGUUCCAUGUGCAUAUCUUUAGAAAUCAACCCACACAUAAAAGGAAUCGUGUUUUAAGUUCAAAAGAAGUAGUAUGGGCAUUACAUUCAUUAUAAAAAGAAACUUUAUGGUAAGAAUGUAUUGUAAGCUCUGAUGAUUUAUCUUGGAAUUUACUUAAAAGAUAUGCAGCAGUUUUAUGGAUGGAUUUAUCAUUUAUUAAAUAAAGAUUAGAAGAAAUUGCAUUGUAGAUUUAUAAAUAAUCAAAGGAUCCAUUUUAAUCAUUAUUAUAUUUUAUAGUUUUAGGUAAAAAGAGUGUAAUUACAACCCUUUUCAAAAAGGAAGUUAAUUCUGGUAAGGAAUUCAAAUCAACUUAUGAAUUUUUGCAAUAAGAUUUCACUUAACCUAGAUGGAAAUCAGCAGCAUCAAAAAAUGCAUAUGCUUUAGUAUCCAAAAAAAGAUAUUAAGAUGCAGCUGCCUUUUUCUUAAUAGGAGGACAUUUGAAUGAUGCAGUAAAUGUAAUGGCUAGAUAUAUGGAGGAUAUAUAAUUAGCUUAUUUAACUACUAAGAUCUAUGAACCUUAAGGUGGACCUGUUGGAGAAUAAUUAAUUUAAGACUAUUUUAUUAAAAGUGGUGAGGAAAUGAAUGAUAUUUGGUUAUUGCAUAUUGGUUAUUAUCUAUUGGGAAAAUAUGUUGAUAGUGUUAAUGUUUUAUUAAGAGAACCUGAACAUCAUAUUUUAGAAUAUGAUAAUUUUGGAAAAGCUGUUUGUAUUAGUUGGCCUUCUACAUUUACACCUUAAUUAUCAUAUUAUCAUCCAUCAGCUAUUCUUUUGGUUGAAAAAUUGAAAGAUAAUAUAAAUGUUAAAAGAGAAAUUCAAUAAAGUAUUGAUGCAAAUAAAAAAAAGAGUAAGAAAGCUGAAGAUGAUAUAUUUUCUCAAUUUUAUGAAAGUGAAGAAUCAGAAGAAGAAGAGGUUAUAGAAUAAGUACCAAUUAAAACUAUUAAUAAUAAUUAAGAAUUUAUUAAAUAAUAAGCAGUAGAAUAUUAUUAUAAUAUUUAAAUGCCAUAAUUAGGAAUGAUAUUUGCUUAAGAUUUAAAUUAAGAAACAGAACAAUCAGAAUAAUUAAUUGAAUUAUAGAUUGAAAUGUAUAUAGUUUAAGCAAUUGAAGAUUAAGAACAUUUUACAAAUUAUGUAUAAUUAAUGUAAAAACUUGAUGAUUUAGCUAAUUUUACAAAUCAUAAUAAAACAAAACUUUAUGAUAUUGCAUUGAAGAAAUUAAGAUAAUUAAAGUCUCCUGCUCGUUUACUUACAUUUGCAAUUCAUUAUGAUUAAACAGGAUUCGAUGAAUUUAUAUCUUUUUGUUAAGAAACAUAAAGUUUAUUAUAUAGAAUAUGUUUCGAUUAUCCUUUAUCUGAAAAGAGUUAAGAAUAUUAUUUAACAUUUGUUUAAAGUCUAUAUGAAGUUGAUGUUGGAUUAAAACUAUUUUAAUAAUCAUAAUAUUAUCAAAAGAAAUUUGAUAAUAAAUUGAAAUUGAAUAUCAUUAAAUUAUUGGCAUUAUUCAUGACAUUAAUUUUAGCAUUGGAAUUACAUUUAUGGGAUAAUGCAUUUGAAUAGUUGAGAAAAUUGGAGACUUUUUGUAAUACUGUUUAUAAAUAACAUGUAUAAGAUUGUGGAUAUGAGAAUUUGAGAGAUGAUUUCUGUGAAUUAGUAAAAUCAGUAAUAAAAAAUAAAAGACUAUAUUCAAAUAAAGGAUUCAAAGCAUAUAGAAGUUUAGAUGUUUUAUAAGAUGCUUAUCCUGAAGAUUUAUAUAAUGUUAGUGAAUAAGAUUAUUUAUAAAAGCAUAAACCAAUAACAUUAGAAUAAGAAUAAUAAAAUUCAUAAAGAUCAGACAGUCUUGAAGAUUCAUAAUAAUAAGAUAUUAAUUAAGAAAAGAGUUCAAAUGAAGAAAAUAUUUAGAAUUAAUUUAUAUAUUUUACAUUGUAAUCUUUAAUUGUAAAAUAUUUCUUGUCUAUAUCUAAAAGUUAUUUUAAAUUAGAAAUGUUUAAUAUUGCAAUAACUAGUUAUAGUAAUAUAUUUACUAUGGCUGAAUAAUAUGUGACAACUAGGAAUGAAAUGGUAAUCACUUUAUUUAAAAAUCUCUCUGAUUUUUCAUAAGAAUAAAAUUUUAUUGAAGAUUUAAGAAUGGUUUUAAAAGAAUCUUCAUUUGCUAAAAGUUAAUACUUUAAAUAACUUGAAAAAAUAUUCAAUUUAAAUAAUUUCUUUUAAAUUUGUUCUAAAGUUGGAUUAGAUUAAUAUUUGGAAGAAAUUUCAAUUAAUAGAACUAAAUAAGCAUUUAAAUAUCCAAUAAGUAAUUUUGAUGAAUAAUCUAUAAUUACAUUUAAAAAUAAAAUCUUUAAAUAAGGUGUUGAAGUAUUUAAAAUAAAAACUGAUUAAAUUAAAAGUAUGUGUAUUAAUAAUGCUAAUCCAAUUGAAGGAUUUGUAUUAUAUGGUAAAUUCUUAAAGCAUAUGAAAUUUUAUAAUACUCUUUAACAUAAAAAUAGAUCACUUGAUGGUUAUAAUUUAGUAGAAGAAGAGACAAUAGAUGAAGCUAUAAGAUCAGAAGCUUCUUUAACAAAUAAACCCUACAUUAUAAAAUUAUGUUCAUCAGCUUUAGGAAUCUAAGUUGGAUUUGAUAAAGAAAAAGAACCAUAUUUAAAAUCAAGAGCAUAUCCAUAUGAAGAAUAUAAAGAUUUUACUGAAAAGGAUUUCAUGGAAAAAUUUUAGAAUUGUUCUAGUAAAUAAAUUCCAGAAGAAGAUUUAUAAUGUUUGGCAUCUCAUCCUCAUUUACCAUUAUUUUUAUAAGGUGGAAAAGGAAUGGUUAAUGUAAUGACAUUUAAAUAAUCAUCCCAAGUAGUUGCUGAAUUUAAUACAUAAUAAAGAGAUUAAAUUGAUUCCCUUAAAUUUAAUAAUACAGGUGAAUUAUUUAUUGGACAUGAUGUUAAUAAUAGUGCUUAUAUUUGGAAACUCAAUAGAGUAAAUAAACUCAAUACACCACUAUUUUUACUUAAUAGUAAAGUUAGACCAACAACUGAUUUAACAUUCAUUAAUGAGGGAACAGUUUUUGCUUCAAUUUAUAGUUCAACAAAUAAACCUCAUUUUGGAUUGUAUGAUAUGUUAUUACCUUCUAAUCGUAAUAUAGUAGCAUAAGAAAACUUUAAUGGAACAGACAUUUUAUUUUCUACUCCCCUAAAUUCAAUAUUAAUAGGAAAUUAGAAAAAAGGAACUGUCAAUUUCUUAGAUAUCAGAAAAAAUUAAAUCUAUAAAACAUUAGAAGUAAUUGUUUAAUUAUAUUUUUAAGUUACCUUUUACAGAAAUCAAAUUUAUGAAAUUAAAUCAGUAUCAAACAUCAUUAAUAUGUGCUUGCAAUGAUGGACAAAUCAAAAUCAUAAAUUUAGAAACAUUAUCAACAAUUGUAGAUUAUAAACCAUUUAGAUAAGGUAUAAAAAUAUCAAUAAUAUUUUAGAUAAAAAACAAUAAAUCAUGGCUUUGACUUAAACUGAAAAUGCUACAUAUGCAGCAUCAUCUGAUGGAGUUAUAUCAUUAGUAUAUUUGAAUGCAUGAAUUUAUU